UCGUGUGUGUUGUGCGUCGUCCGGACAGCGUCAUGUCAGGUGCGUCCCUGUCGCUGGAGGAGCACCUGUCGUGUCCCAUCUGUCUGGACUUGUUGUCAGAUCCGGUGUCGACUCCGUGUGAACACAGUUUUUGUAGAACUUGUCUCGUGUCUCACUGGGACAGAAGCUCCGAGUGCAGCUGCCCUCUGUGCCAACGCCGCUUCACCGCCCGCCCGCACCUGCGCGCCAACCCCCUCCUCCACCAGGUCCUCUGCCAGGUGAAGAAACAAACUCAGAAACAAGAACAACCAGAGACCAGACCUUCAGAACCACAAGAGUCCAAAGCCCAGGUCCAGAGUGAGAGCACGUCUACCAAGAACAUGUCCUCGUCCUCAGAAGUGAAGAACAUGUCCUCGUCCUCAGAAGUGAAGAACAUGUCCUCGUCCUCAGAAGUGAAGAACACGUCCUCGUCCUCCUCAGAGGUGAAGAACACGUCGUCGUCGUCGUCGUCCUCAGAGGUGCAGUGUGACGUGUGCUCUGAGCCCAAGCUGAAGGCCCUCAAGUCCUGCCUGGUGUGUCUGUCCUCCUUCUGUGAGAGCCACCUCCAGCCUCAUCUCACAGUCUCUGGGCUGAAAAGACACCAGCUGAUGGAGCCUGUGGAAAACCUGGAAGACAGGAUGUGUCCCACACACCAGCGCCCCCUGGAGCUCUUCUGUUCCACUGAUGAGAAGAGCGUGUGCAUGAUGUGCUCCCUCCUAGAGCACAAGAACCACGAGUUUCUGCCUCUGAAGGACGCGUUUGAGGAGCAGAAGGUUUCGCUGGAGAAGAGUUUGUCCGAGAACAGACGGAAGGUUCUGAACCGGAGGCAGAAGAUGGAGCAGAUCCGAGCGGCGCUGGAGCAGAGUCAGACGCAGGCGCAGGCGCAGACGGAGGAGAUGGUGGAGGUCUUCAGUCAGGUCGUGGAGAAGGUCCAGAGCUGCUUGGACCGACACUCCGAGAUCAUCGAGAAGACCCUGAGCAAACAUGAGGAACGCGCUCAGAUGCUCCUGUCCCGACUGGAGCGGGAGAUCCUGGAGCUGGAGAAAAGCGGCGCCGAGGCCGAGCGUCUCUCGCGCUCUCGUGACCCGCUCCACUUCCUGCAGCACCUGGCGGCGCUGGCGCCCCCCGCCGGGCUGGAGGAUUGGAGCGGCGUGAGCUUCGAAGCCGCCGCCUUCGAGGGGACGGUGGCGCGCGCUCUCGCCGCCUUCACCAACGCUUUGAGCGACACGCAGCGGCAAGUCCAGGAGGCGGAGCUUCGACGAGUGCGCAGGAGCGGCGUGGACGUGACCCUCGACCCCGACACGGCGCACUGCAAACUCGUCCUGUCCAGAGACAACAAGAAGGUCCACUACAGCGACGGCAAGAAGAAGAACCCCGAGAAGGUACACGCGGGCGCGAGGGGGCGGGGCCUAAAAGAGCCGCCGAGAAUCGAUCAUGACCGUUUAGAGAAUCGAGAAUCACCAACAGAGAAAAUCAAAAAGUUUCACCAGAAAAACACUGAUCCUUUACGGUUUCGUCAAUGA